CCUUCCAUCAGUGUGAAAUAAACAUCUCCUUACAGAAAACUUCACCAUAUCAGUGAUUACACACGUUUAAAAAGAUGCUUAUGUGAGUGUCCAUACACCAUACACGUCCCUGUGAAUGAGCUGUUACUAUGGAAACGAUGAGAUUUUCAGAGCUACUGUUGCAGUGAAUUAAUCAAUACCUUCUGACCAAUCAGAAUCGAGAAUCGAUUCAACGCAGCGACUCGAGCUAGAUACCCGGAUGUGACCGCGGUCUCUGAUUCGUCCACAUGGCUCUCGCGACAUGUUAUUUUUCAAACCCUAAACCACCAAAACCAUCAGCAGGUAUCUUUACUCUUCCUGUUUAUGUUUUUGAGAGAUUACUGAGGUAAUGUAGCCACGCGGACGCUAGGCGGAGAUGUUAGCAUAACAACCGCAAACUGUUACUAACUCUAUAACCAACGAAGAAGAAACAGGAGCCUCGGAGUGGCGAAGAAGAGCUGUUAGACUUUAAACACUGAUCUGAGAUCAGUGACGCAGCUCGCUUUCAGUGUUUAUAAACAAGGCUAAGCUCACACUCUCUGAUCCCAGAUCAGUGGAAACCACACUGUUAUGGUUCACAAGAGUGAGUGUGUUCAUGUUCAUGGCCAUGUGGAAAGUUAGUUUGCCCAGUUAGCCAGCUGGUUUAUUAUAAAACACAAAAUAAGCAUAUUUUAAAAACAAGUGUAGGCAUCAUAAAGGUUUUUCCUCUCAUUUACUGCAGUGUGUGAUCUGAGACCAGUUUAUAAAGUGGCUAAGAAAAAGUCAAUGUCCACUGGUGUGGUAGGAGGAGGUGAGAAAAAACCUCCAUCAUUAUCAUCUUCAUCAUCAUCAGCAGCAGCAGCAGUGAUGAAGAAGAAGAACAACAACAACAAAAAAGGAAUGGUGAAGAAAUGCAACAUCUGUCUUCACCAGUACAAAUCACAGAACCUGGAUAAACACAUGCAUAGCCGCACACAUCAUGAGGCGAUCGAGAGACUUAAAGGAGGGGAGCAGAUGCACAAGUGUUGGGCGUGUGAUGUGUCCGUGCCGGGUUUGGAGCAGUUCAGCAAACACAUUGAAACCAAAGAGCACAUCAGCAAGCUGUUUUCCCUGAAGCAGCGCAAACAGAGCGGCUUUGCAGUGGAUUACAGUAACGACGAGCUGAAUGCUCUCUGUGCUCAGAGAGACCAGAACCGCUCACUGUUAAAACUCCAGAAGCAUAAAGAGAAGCAGAAAAAGCUGAGAGAAAGAAAGGCAGCGAAGUUCCAGGAAGCUUUUAAUCAGAAAUCACAGAUGAAAGAUAAGGACUGGAGCAGACUGGCUAAAGGUUUCGGCCCACCCGGAUCACACGCCGCAGAAUCGAAGUGGAGUGGCAAUAAAAGUGUCGCGUAUCCACUUAAUAAUGAAAACAAACAGGGAAUGAUGAACGCAGAACCUGUUCUCGAGUCUGUAAGCGACGAAGGAGCCCAAACUGUAGACAGUUUUUGUUGGCAGACACCCAAGUCCAUCACAUGGUCCAUGAAGAAAUCAUGGUCCACAAGUGAUCAGUUGGCUCAAUCGGAAAUCUUCUCUUCCUGGGAGGAAGACGAAUCGCAGCAGAGCCAGUACACAUCCAGAAAGCAGGAUAAAGUCGCGUUGGAUCAGAAGAGAUCAUGUGAUGCACACACCUCUGAUUGUCCACCUGUGAAGAAGCAAUGUUUAAGAGAUGUUCCAUCCAUGAAGCCCAGAUUAACUCCAUCUGUUUGUGGUGAAAAAGUGGAGAGUGAGUGUGUGAGUCAGUCUACAUCUGCUGCUGCACCGCUCCGUGCUCCAGGGCUGGUCCAGAGUCACAUGGAUCGCUUGUCCAUAAUGCUGAAGAAUAUCCGUAAGUCUCUGGAUGAGGAGCGUCUGCCUGUCAGUUCUUCAGAAGAUCCUGAUCCCAAGCUCACACCUGUGACCGUCGACGGAUUAAAGCGAAAUGAUCAGGGCAAAGAAACAACACUUUCAGAAGAUCAGUAUUUCUCUGAAAAGUGUCCGCAGAAGUCAUCCAUAAAGAGUCAAAAAUGUGAAGCGCAAACCCGCAAGACUAAGAGAAAACCAUCUCCACGCAAACAGGUAAACAGUCUUCCAGCAUCCAGUGCUGACCCGCAGGAGAAACCAGAACUCUCCCAGACCAGGCACGUCCUCCCGACCUUGUUGAGUCGAUCCGUCAGCAAAACGGAAGCCAACAAACCCAACCUGAAAGUGGCCCGAGGAAUCCGCACGUCCCAGAAGCCGAGCCAGGCAGGCGCUGAGUCGCGGGUGCUGAAGCCGGCGCUGCAGAAGCUCAUCAGCUCGAAGAGCUCGCAGUGGCGUGUCAACUGGAAGGAGAUUUAUCAGGAAGCGACACACAGGAAACUGCAGAAAGAGAAGGGCAUGCCCAGGUUCGGGAUUGAGCUCGUGACUCCGUUACCUCCUGACUCACAAGGACUCGAGGCUGAAGAACUUGCGCACUUCGAGUUAGAUGAAGGCUUCCAGUGGGAGUCUAUCGAGUGUGAUACUGUAACUCUACCUCGCUCAGUCAAUCCCUCGAGCAAAGACGCCUGUAGACUCACAGCAGUGGAACAGAAGAAAAGAGACGUCGGAGAGAAUCACAGCACCUCAGGGACGAGCAGAUCUUCUGAGUUUGUUGCAGAUCGGCUGGAAAACUGUGAUAUUAAUGACGAUAAUACAUCAGAAACCAGAGAGUUUGGAAGACUACAAAACUUACCACCACUAGACACUUUAGUUUGUGUAAAGUCAGAGAAACCGGAUGAUUAUUGCUCAGAGCCGAUGCAGGAAAAAGCUGAGCACAACAGAAUCCAGUCCUUCCCUGUUACACAAAUAAAACAGGAAAAGCAGGAUUUUCCCAAAACUGACACGCUGAACAAAAAUCUUCCAAAAAGCCAGGUGAAUGAACUGUUAGUCAUGUCUCUGAGAGAGGACGAGUUGUGCAGCUCUCUGGAUGUUGUGGACAGUCGACUGCUCCGGGCUCAAGCUGCCCUACAAACUGCCUUCCUGGAAGUUCAGCGCCUUCAGAUGAUCAAACAGCAGGUAACUGCAGAGAUGUCGUCCCUCAGAAGUAAACGAAUAGACAUCCUGCAGAGAAUAAAAAGUUCCAGACUCGACCAGACAUCUGAUGCAGAUUCUCCCGGUUCUGCCGUUCAGACGCACCGGAGAGCUGCAGCUACCUCGAGCGAGCAUCAGGACACAGCGCUGGAUCGCUCUUCUUUUCUGCAGGGGCCUCACACUGACGGUGGCGAUCAAAGACGCACUGAUUUAAGCUUAGCUUUAGUUCCAGGCUCUGAAUCAAGAAAGACACACAUCGAAAUCUCCAAAAGCAGCCUUCCACACCUUCGUCAGCUGAGCCCUGAGGCCCAGCCGAGUACCACCCAGUAACCUUCGCUCGGUAGUGUGUGUCGAAUCGACUGCAAAUUUACGCUGCUGUAUUGUAAAAAAAGUGACUGAAGGGAUGAACUCGAGCCUCUUAAAAGUCCUCCGUGCUUAUGGAAGAUGUUUCCGAAGCUCGGAAGAGCAUUAGUGGCUGUUUAGGAGGUCUGCGUGCUUUCAAAGGGCUUUUUUUUUCCCCUGAUAAGAUUUAUCUAUAUAUUUUUCUAAACAACGCACUGAAGUGUUCUUUUUGCACAGAUGCUAUGUGGGCGUGGUUUAUUCUCAGUACAGCGUUGACACUGACAUGGUGGAGUGUGUGGUGCUGUACGUGUGUAUCAUCUACAGCAGUGUUGUCACUAAUCAGCAGGAUCAAAUACAAUCCACCAAUAAAAUACAAGAUGACCAACACGGUGGUCUAAUAAAUUAGGAAUAAAACACUUGGCGGCGUGCUGUUCAAGGAAAAUAAUCAAAGCUGGAGCAGUGUGAUGAAGCGGAGUUGAAGUGGAACAAAAUGGCUUAUUUCUCUUACACCACAUCAAUUUGCCAACAAUUAGAAUUUUUUAUUUAUUAAUGAAUAACAUUUUUUUAUCCACUUAUAGUUACAUUUAAUGUCUAAUGUUGAAACAAGCUAGUUCCUGUACUUACUUACGUUAAUUACCAAAACCUGCAGCUAGUCAUGUUACUGAGAAACCGCAAAACGUACAAAACUCGACACUGACACUGGAGACUCCUUCCAUAAGCCAUAAAUGAUAAUAAACGUCUCCUCACAGAAAACUUCACAGCACUGAUUAUACAUAUUUGUUAAAUAACAACACUUUUUUUUUUUAUAUCAUUUAAAUAUGUAUGCAUAUUAUUAUUACAAGUCCCUGUGUAUGAGCUGUUACUAUGGAAACGAUAACACAUUAGCGCAUUAAUAUAAACAUGUAAUAUUAACUAGCGCAUUAAUAUAAACAUGUGAUUUGCCUUCCAGCCAAAACGACCACCAGAGCUGCUGUUAUAGAAAGUUAAUCAACACCUUUUGACCAAUCAGAUUCGAGAGUUCAGCAGCGCUGUGCUAUAAAGUGCAGUAACACACACGACAUCACGUCAGGGUCACUGCUGUACGGAGAACAAACGCCACCAUUUCAUGGUUCGAUGAGUAAAAGAGGGGCUAAAAAGUGAACUGUAUAAAAUGUAGAGCUGAUAAACUAACUGAUGAGUGCCUAUUACUGAUUACAACAUGAUCCGUCUGUCUGAUUGAUCUAAUCUGAUCUGUAAUUAAAUCAGUAAUUAAAUUGCAUGCAGCAUACAGUAUGUAGUAGAACAGUAAGUUCUGUAUCACACACGUUCCAGGUUAAUCAGACUUUUUUUUUUUGGUCCAGCUCACCGAUAUCACGAGUGUGUAGGGAGAGUCCACCAUACACACCAAGUCUUUGUGCACUUAAUCAACUAAUCAGACAGAUGUGUCGUGAUCAAUCAGUCUUUAUCAGUCUCUUUAAUUUAAUGAACAACUGACAUUAAGCUGCUUUUUUUUUCCGCACCUCUUCAGUCCUAGCUUGUAUCAGCUAACUAACUAGCCUAACUUGCUGUCCAGAUUCAGGUUAUUAUUAUCAGUAAUGCAGAUGAAAAAGAUGGGUGUAACUCUGGUUGAUGAGGAGUCGUUUGUCUGCGCUGUAGCUCCAGAUUCGGAAAAUCAACAGAAUUUAAGCUGCUUGUGUGACUUUACCGUAUGCACACAAAGUCCCAAAAAAAUUAUAAGUUGUAAUUUUGAGUUACAUUACAUUGUUUUUUUCCCCCCAACCUCUUUAACAAGCUUAAUUUUUUCACCUCCAUGUUUGUUUGUUUGUUUAGGGCAGUGGUGGAUUAGAAGGUCAGGGGUUAAGCCCCAGCGCGGAAAGCUGCCACUGUUGGGCCCUUGAGCAAGGCCCUUAACCCUCUCUGCUCCAGGGGCGCUGUAUCACGGCUGACCCCAACUUCCUAACAAGCUGGGAUAUGCGAAAAAAAAAAAAAAGAAUUUCACUGUGUUGUAAUAUAGACGUGACAAAUAAUUCUUCUUGUGUUUCUCGCUUGGCGUCACUCAGCGCUAAAAAAUUUGGAAAAUACUGUACCAUUUACAAACUAUUCAUAAAGUCUAUAAUCAGAAUACACUGUAGCUAUAUGAAAAUAAGCUAUAUGUGUUUAUCCAGUAUUUUUGCACUUCUGUUUACAUCAUUGUUUGUGUUUGUGUGUUUGCUUUCUCUCUUUAUAGGACGGUUAUUCGCAGGGGUUAUAGAAUCUGCUUCAUUUUUUUCAAGCUGCAUUCAUCGUUUAGAUGACUGCUGAAUUUGUUGUGUUUGAAACAUUAUAAAAGAACAUUGUAUUUAUUUUCCCUCACGAAUACGCCCGAAGUGUUUCUGUGAGAAUUUUGCUAAAUAAUCCUUUGAAUGUAAUUAACUACAAUUAAAGAAUUUAUUUACUUUUUAAGCUUUCAGAA